AGAUAACUCUCGCAUUUUCGAAAUGGCAAGUCCACCGACUCCAAAAAUAGAGAUUCUAGAUGACGAAGAAAAUGUAAUCGAUAUACAAACGGAUGACGAGCUGUCCACAGAGAAUACAGAAAUUAGUGAAGCUUCUAAUUAUAUGCGGCUUUUCGAUCUGUAUCCCAUUAUCACAAGAUUUUCGGAAGAAUUUAAGAAAGGACGGGGCAAUGUCGUGCAAAUUGAAUACGCAAAUGGGAACACUUUUGAGGGGAAAACUGUGAAUGAUUUGCUGCAAGGCCAUGGUGAAUUUUAUUGGUCAAAGACAGGAGCAACAUAUACUGGUGACUUCAAAGCCAAUACGAUUACGGGGCGUGGAAAAAUUGUUUGGCUGAAUAAAAGUGAGUAUGUUGGUGAUGUUGUUAAUGGAAUUCGACACGGAAAUGGAAAAUAUACGGAUUCCAAUGGACUUGAAUACAUUGGUCAGUGGAAAAAUGGCAAGAAACACGGGAAAGGUCGGUUGAAUUUUACAAGUGACGGUUCCGUUUAUUAUGAUGGUGAUUGGUACUGUGGUCUACGUCAUGGUUACGGUGUUUAUCACUAUUCUAACGGUGCAACUUAUGAAGGACAGUGGAAAGAUGGUAAGCGUCACGGAGAGGGAACAAUGCAUUGGAGUGAUCGCGAUGAGAUAUAUACUGGUAGUUGGGUUAACGGUAAACAGCAUGGUUUAGGUUGUCAUGCUUGGCAUAUUUUACGAGUUAGAACCUCACAAUAUUGUUUGCCCAAUGUUUAUGAUGGUCAGUGGGCUGACGGUAAGCGUAACGGACUUGGUACAUUCCACUACCCAAAUGGAUCCAAAUAUGUUGGUUAUUGGAAAGAUAAUCUCAAACAUGGGAAAGGUACACUUAUACUAAAAGAUGGAAGAAUAUUCGAGAGAACAUUUUAUGAAGAUCGAUUGGUCAACCCGGAUGCUGAUUCGAUGCCACCAAGUGUUGACCAACCAAGUUUGGAAAGACAAGACACACGUGUACCUCUUGCCACAGACUGCAUUUCUGAUUCUACAGAGAAAAGUGGUGUUUUCAAGGAUACUUCUGACAGUAAUUUGUUAGAAAGUUACCUGAAGCCUCACAUAUCCCCCUCGGAUUAUAACUGCUAUGAAUUGCAAAAUAUGCAAAAUGUAAUAACAACCUAUUUGGCUCCAUUGCGUAGUAUAUAUAGAUUUUAUGGGAAACUUGGUAUGACACAAUUACCAGAUAAUACAGUUAUACUCCGUUACGUUCAAUUCUGUCAGUUCCUAAAAGACUGUAAACUUCAUCUACACACAAGUUUAGCUGCUUUGGACAGAAUAAUUGCUAUAUCUUUUGGAAAUGAAGACAUUGAUGAAACAUGCGUCCAGAAUCCUGAAAAGUUGAUUUCAUUUGGUUCUUUUGUAAAUAUCCUCGUUAUCUUAGCUUGCAGCUUGUACACACAAGAAGAAUUAUAUAUCAGUGAAAAAGGCCACAAAAGCAAACCAAGCGAUGCACUGCUUUGUUUAUUAACUCAAGCAAUCUUUCCAAAUGCCUGCAAAGCUUCUGGUAUUUUAUAUCAAGAUUCUGAAAAAUCAAAAGAAAUCCAUUUAUUUUUACAACCACUUUAUCAAGCUUAUAGAUUUAUCGUACAUAUGAAAAGGAGAUUUCAGACAACAAUAUCGCGACCACCAUACACUAUGACAAUAAGAACUUUUAUCUUUAUUCUCAAGGAUUUUAACAUGUUGGACAGUAAAAUUACCGUGAGGGAUGUUGUUGAAAUAUUAUGCAAAUGUAAUCCAGUGGCCGGUACAAUAGAUGAAUACAAUACUGAUACAGAGCUCACAUUUUUUGACUUUUUUGAAGCACUUAUUCAUUGUACGCUAAUUAUAUUGUUGAAGAAAGAUGAGCCACAAGAAAAUCUCAUUGAAGAGAAAACGAAAGUCAGUAUGACUGAUCUACUUGUGCGACGUGAGUAUGAAGAGAGAGAGAGACAUUGUACUUUGCAUACUUUGUUCAUCUCAAAACCAAAACACUAA